AUGUGGAGACUUGUCUUCACGUUUGCCGUCGUUGCACCCGUGUUUUCUCAGGGCUUUGUUGCACCUAUCCUCUCCACCUCCUCGUCGCGCGAUGGCUCCGCACCUCGAAGGGCUAGGACUUCCGCCGUCAGCAGGCCGCUGCAGUCGGGAUCAUCAUCGCCGCCUGAGUGGGCGGUCAUCUUCGACUGCGACGGUGUCAUACUCGAGUCGGAGUCGCUGCACAGAGAAGCUUACAAUGCCGUGUUUCGAGAGUUCGCCGUGGAUUACGAAUGGAGCCCCGAGUACUACGAUGAGCUCCAGAACAAGGUUGGAGGCGGCAAGCCCAAGAUGCGUUACUACUUCGGCGAGAACGGCUGGCCAAAGUCCAAACUGGGAGCCCCCCCCGAGACGGAUCAAGAGAAGGACCUGCUCAUUGACUCGUUGCAGGACCGCAAGACGGACAUCUACAAAGAGUUCGUAGCAAACGGCACGGCGGUGCUACGACCGGGGGUCCAGCGGCUGAUCGACGAGACCAAGGCGAUCUCGGGAGGGAAGAUGGCCAUCUGCUCGGCCUCGACAAAGGACGCCUGCCUCUUCGUCCUCGACAACCUGCUGGGAGAGGAGAACCUCAGCAAGUUCGACCUGGUCCUCGCCGGCGACGACGUUCCCCGAAGGAAGCCGGACCCGAUGAUCUACGCGCUCGCGAGCGAAAAGCUCGGCGUGCCGCCGGAGAGGUGUAUGGUGAUCGAGGACAGCCUCAUCGGCCUCGAGGCGGCGCUAGGCGCGAAGAUGAACUGCGUCAUCACCUACACCGGCAGCACCGAGAGCCAGGAUUUUGCGGGGUCUCUCGGCGUCUACCCAGAGCUGGGAGACGAAGGGAGCACCCAAGUGCGCGCAAGCGAGCUCUUGAAGCUGAUGGGCGUGUAGUUUGUCAGGCUUAUCCUGUAACUGAUUGGUGUUCGGUUGGCAAGCUGAUGUGGUUAGUCUUGAGACAGCAAGCUUCAUGAUUGGUGGGAUGUGUAUAGCUUUGUGUGUGUUUUUGGGCUCAUCUUUGCGUGCGAUAGAUAGAAGAGAUGUUAGCGAGAUGUUAGCGAGAUGUUCAGCGAGAUUUUAGCGAACAGGGCCGUUACUACAUAGUGUCAUGUGUAUCUUUACUUCCAAUGAAUGCUGAGACGCACUUUUUUUAGCGGGCUGG